AUGCAUCUCGACCUCGUAGGUCCCUUACCUCUGUCCCACGGCAAGAAGUAUAUUUUUACCAUCAUCGUCCGGUUCUCUCCCUGGAUCGAAGCCAUUCCUGCAAAAUACAGUACCGCAGAAACUGUCGCGAGGGCAUUUGUCGCGGUUUGGGUCGCCCGGUUCGGUGUGCCACUUCGAAUCACCCCAGUCCCACCUUUUCCAUCAUCUUACCCGGCUGUCGGUUGCACCCACCUCAAAACAACGCCAUAUCAUCGUGCGGCCAACUCAAGUCCGCCCUUCGCGCAUACCCCGACCCCAACAAUUGGGUUGAUCAUUCGGUUCGUCCUUCUGGGUCUUCGCAGCGUCGUUCGAGAGGAUCUGAAGUGCUCCACGGCAGAGUUAGUUUACGGAGCCACCUUGCGCUCGCCAGAGGAUUUCCUUUCACCUGUAACGCAUGAUCGUACGCCUACAGUGGAAUUCGUUGACAGGUUGCGCCAAAUUAUGUCGCUGCUUCGCCCGGUUGCCACCAGGGUUUCCGCUUCGCACCCCACUUAUUAUCCUGCCGGCCUUGCUCAAGCCAAGUGCGUCUUCGUCCGGUGCGAUACCGUUCGGAAGCCCCUACAGCGACCCUACGAUGGCUCCUUCGAGGAACUGGAGCGCAAUGCAACGUCCUUCAAGGUCAAGGUCCGGAAUAGAGAGGAGCGCAUCGACCUCGUCGGCUGA